CUCUGGAGAGGGACCCAUCCCUGAGGAAUCGGUGUGGCAAAUACAGUACUUUUAUCAGGAACUUGGACAAGUCCAUCGACAACAUAGACAUUUAUGACACCUUCUCCAACUUUGGAAAGAUGCAAGAUGUGCCUCUCCUGAAGGUGGUGUGGGAUGAAAAUAGAUCUAAACGACACAGUUAUGUGUACUUUCAGACUCCCGAGGCCAUGGAGAAAUCCAUCAAGAAGCUGAAUGGCAUGCUGCUGAAAGCCACAGUGUGUAAGCCAGGUCCUGUAGUGAAUACUCAGGUCGUGACCAGUGAAAAUGGAAAGUCCAAGGGCAUUGGCUAUGCACAUCUUGUGAGCCAGGAGUACACACCGAGGGCUGUAGGUGAGAUGAAUGAGAAGGAGCUCAACACGGAGCAGGUGUAUGUGGACCAAGCUCAGAAGAAAGAAGGGAGACAGACCAAACUCAAACACAAGUUCAAGCAGAUGUACACAUACACAGUGGAUGUUGACUUUGCAUUCUUUUCUGUAGUGUGUGAACCUGUAUGUGGAGCACCUGUGUAAAGUGUCAUUGCAUCAUCAGUGCAAAUGUCAUUUACAACUACUAAUAAUCUUAUUCAUUUUCUAAUAACCUGUGUCCACAUCCCCUUACUGGUGUACUACACUGAACCAGUGUGUACAUAGACUGUGUAAUGGGGUAGGUUGAUUUUCAACUACUGUAUUUUUCAGGUAUUGUUAACUUGUCAUUGCCAUAAAAAAAAACACUAUGGGAAGCUACAAAGCAAGUGCGUGACGCUAACAAAAUACUGUACACUCAGUGCUAGUUUUUCCUGAUGGUUAGCCCUGCUAGCGUAUUUAUCUGCUAGGUGAUAAUGUUGAAUGGCCACUUCAGGGGUUCAUGUGCUUCUUGUCUUCAGCGAUAGCCAUGAAGGCCACGAGAGAACUGAACAACAGGAAGGUGUUGUACACCGAUCAUCCAUAACAUUAAAACCACCUGCCUAAAAUGGUGUAGGUUCCCCUUGUGCCAUCAAAACGGCUCUGACCUGUAUAGGCAUGGACUCCACAAGACCUCUGAAAAAGUGCUGUGUGGUAUUUGGCACCAAGACAUUACCAGCAGAUCCUUUAAGUCAUGUAAGUUGCAAGGUGGGGCCUCCAUGGAUCGGACUUGUUUGUCCAGCACAUCCCACAGAUGUUCGAUUGGAUUGAGAUCUGGGGAAUUUGGAGGCCAAGUCAACACCUUAAACUCUUUGUCAUGUUCCUCAAACCAUUCCUGAACAAGUUUUGGAGGCGCUAUCAUUAACUUCAAGUACUGGCUGUUCACUUGCUGCCUAAUAUAUCCCACCCCUUGACAGGUGUCACUGUAACAAGAUAAUCAAUGUUAUUCACGUCACCUGUCAGGGGUUUUAAUGUUAUGGCUGAUAACAUGGGUACACACUAAAAUGAUUCUAAAGCCUUUAAUUCCCAUGUCAUCAGCUUCCAGCUAGAGUCAACUUUCUUCUCUUAAGCCAGCAGUCACCAACCCUGUUACUGGAGAUGUACCUGGAGAUGUACUAAUCAUUGCCUCAAGAAGCGCUUAAUCAACUAAAACAUGUGUUAUAUUUUGGUUGGCUGCAGGAAGGGUACAAUGGGUAGAAUUAAGUGUACAGUGGGUAGAAUUAAAGGCACAAUAGGUAGAAUGAAACCUGUGAUGAUGUCCGAGCUGCUGUUAUAUUAAAAUUAAUCAACACCUUCUGACCAAAACUAACAUGACAAUAUUCAAAAUAUUGUACAGUGAACGUCUGAUGAUAUUCCGCACUCUUUUCUUUAGGGAUGCACUGGUCUGAUGCUGAGAGAUGUACAUCACAUUUUAGCUAAUACAUUUGAAAAAUUUACAAACAAAAUUCCGAUAUUCCUUGACUUCAACCCCAAAAUGAUAAAAUCCCCUGACUUUCCAUGACUGGAAUAUACUUUAUUAACUUUCCAUAACAUUCCAGAAAUUCCAUGACCCGUGGGAACCCUGUAAUAAUUACAUAGGGUUGUGCUUCAGACAAUGUUUGAGAGAUAAGUAAGCAACAACAGAAGAAUUUAUGUUUCCUUAAAACUGAUGUUAAUCACAAAGUAAUGUCAUGGAAUCAGUUUGUUUCUGUUAAAGACAUUAAUUGGUAAUUGGGUGUGUUAACAUUAUACUGUGGCCAGGCAGAAUCUCCUGCUUUGAUUGCUAAGGACUUUAUCAAGAAAAAGGAAUUCUCUUUAAGUAAAAUGUAACUUCUGGAAUAGAAAAUGGUUUGAGAUACAGGUGAUAGUUUCAGUAUGAUCCACUUAAUUAUCCCUGAAACAGACAGAAGCAGAUCCAAGUCAUGUAUUGUACUGGGAGAUAUGGCCAAAUGUUUGUGGACACCAGACUAUCAUAUCUGUAUGUGGUUCUUCCCCAAACCAUUGCUACAAGGUUGGAAUCGCACAUUUCCUGUUCCAGAAUGACAGUGCCCCUGUGCACAAAGCGAGCUCCAUGAACAUAUGGUUUGUCAAGGUUGGAGUGGAAGAACACUGUGACUGUGUCCUGCAGUCAAACACAACAGAUGUGCCAGAAUAUUUUAGGAGUUUGAUGACCUCCUUGUGAAUAGCUUUCCCAGAAGAACGUAUACUAUUGUAUACUCAGCAAAAAAUAGAAACGUCCUCUCACAUUCAACUGCUUUUAUUUCCAGCAAAUUUCUUAACAUGUGUAAAUCAUUGUAUUAACAUAAAAAAGAUUCAACAACUGAGACAUAAACUGAACAGGUUUCACAGACAUUUGAGGAACAGAAAUUCCUGUAGCACUGUCUUAGUCGUCUUACGUUACAGACAUGGCAGUUUAUUGCUCUGGCCACGUCUGCAGUCCUCAUGCCUCCCUGCAGCAGGCCUAUGGCAUGUUCACGCAGGUGAGCAGGAACCCUAGGCUAGUCAGUAGAAAGGUCUCUCUAGUGUCCUAACUUAUUGUAACUGUGACCUUAAUUGCCUUCCGCCUGUAAACUGUUAGUGUCUUAAGGACUGUUCCACAGGUGCAUGUGCAAUAAUUGUUCAUUGUUCACUGAAGCAUGAAAAACAUUGUUUAAACCCUUUCCAAUAAAGAUCUAUAAAGAUUAUUUGGAUUUUACAAAAUUAUCUUUAAAAUACAGUCUCCUGAAAAAGGGAUGUUUGUUUUUUUUUUUUUUGCUGAGUAUAUAUAUAAAUGUUUAUAACAUGGUCUGUCUGAAUACUUGAUUCUGAUUGGCUGGAAGGUGUGUGUUCAAACUGUAUGACGCACAGGUCGUUCCAGUCAGUUUAAUUACCGUUAUAACUGAAUGUGCUGCCUAUAAACAACUGCAACCAUAGUAAAAUACAGGUUCAUACAAUAGUUACACCCUCAGCUUCAUUAUUAGUAGAGACACGGCACAGACGCACGUAAGUCACACACACAAUGUCUCUCUCUCAAAUGUUUUAUAAUUGAUUAUAAUUCAUUCAAAUAAAUGUAAUCUUAUCACACUAUUGUGUCUCUGUGUAUGAUUCAGAGCGGGCAGAAUUCUAGAUCUAAUGACCAGUACAGAAAAUAAUGAACAAAAAAUUAAGCAUUACUUUUAUCCUUUAAGUCAAAUUUUGCACUGCAAACAUCAAUGACAGCUUUAACUUGUCAAUGCUGGCAAGUGACCAUGAUAUAAGUGAGAAUCCACGGCUAGGUGUGCAUUACACGAUUUUAACACUCUGCAUCGUAGUGUACCUAGCUGUGGAUUAUCUAUUACGUAUUAAACAAAAACAGAGCAAUACACACUUGAGAAAUCUU